GUCAAAACGACCAAUUUCCCCACCCCUCCACCCACUCCUAUUCCCAAAACCCUAGAAAAACCCUCUCCCUCUCGCUCUUCUGAACCAUCAGUGACUCACCUCUCUCUAUCUCCCCCUGUCUCUAACCCUAAGCCCUAGUACUGAACCUAAUUGAUCUGUGAAAAUGUCGAUGUCGAAGAGCUCGAAGAUGCUUCAAUACAUCAACUACCGCAUGAGGGUCACAAUCCAGGACGGUCGUCAAUUAGUCGGCAAAUUUAUGGCCUUUGACCGUCACAUGAACCUCGUCCUUGGCGACUGCGAAGAGUUCCGAAAACUACCUCCGGCCAAAGGCAAGAAGAACGAGGAUCGCGAGGAACGUCGUACUCUCGGCCUCGUCCUCCUCAGGGGCGAAGAGGUAAUUUCGAUGACCGUUGAAGGCCCUCCUCCUCCCGACGAGUCCCGUGUUAAAGGGCCCGGUUCUGUCCCGUCCGGGCCAGGUAUUGGUCGGGCCGCUGGCCGUGGCGUUCCCACCGGACCUCUUAUUCAUGCCCAGCCCGGUUUAUCUGGGCCGGUUCGUGGGGUAGGUGGGCCAGCCCCCGGAAUGAUGCAGCCGCAGAUUUCUCGGCCGCCGGUGCCGCAGAUGUCGGCGCCGCCUAUGACUUAUCCACAGCCACCAGUGAUGCGGCCUCCGACCCAGAUGGGCCCGGUUAUCCUGGGCAGGGGCCACCUCCCAUGGGAAGGGGCAUGCCGCCACAGUUUGCUCCAAGACCCGGUGGGCCACAGCCAGGGCCGUACCCAAUGCCACCGCCCCAGUUUGCACAGAGGCCAAUGGUUCCGCCCCCUCAGAUGAUGAGGGGACCACCUCCCCCGGGGUCGAGACCUGGGAUGCCUGGUCCACCUCCACAUCGCCCUGGGAUGCCGCCUCCACCUGGUGGUGGUGUUCCAGUCUAUGGUCCGCCUCGUCCUGGGAUGCCGCCUCCACCGAGUGCUCAUCCACAGAAUCAGCCACCACAGCAGUAAUUUUGUAAGAUGGUUCAAAAUCCAAUCCUUUCAUUGAAUGAAAUAUUUUUUUCAAAUUAUAUUACGUACGGUAUAAUCUUUGCUUCAAUUUGGUUAGAUGUUUCAUAAUGCUGUCCAUUUACUUUGUAAUCUUGUUUGUUGUAGAAAUCGAGUUGUUUUAGUAUACUUGAAGCUUAUGAGUUAUGUUGUAUUUAGUUGCUAAAUGGUUUUUGGAUAACCAAAGGUCAUAAUGUAUAUGAUGAAAACUACUGGAAACAAUCAAAUCUUUGGCUUGGAUAGUUUGUGAUCAAAUCUUCCCUCAGGUUGAUUUCCACUAAGUCGAGACUGGAGAUUGUAAGGUUGUUCCAUAAAUUAUAUGUGCAAGACAUUAAUGAUUAUUAGCGUGGUGAAAUGGAGCUAUUUUCUGGUUGAGUGCAAAAAGUGUUGUGCUAAUAACCUUGUCCAUUGUUAUGUGUAUAUCUGGUCCCUCUAGUAUCCUUAGUGACCUGGGAACAAAGUAUUUAAUUAUUAUUUUAUUGUGUAGAAAUAUCACCUCAUGAUGCUCAACUAGUGUCAAGACUCAUUCUUUGAAUUUGUUUUAUUGCCAUUACUUGUGUAUUUCUUCUUACUUGUGUCGUCUUAUGGAAAAUCGAGAGUAAAUGUCUUAAUGUGACGGAUGUUGAUGCCAGGCUAAAUUUUUUUAUGACUUCUUAAGUACACGGUUGAAGGACUACUUACAUUUAUAGCUUGUAAGGUUUUUGUAUUGAAACACCUCGAAAAAGUACCAUACACCAUAAAUUGAUGGUGCAAAUUAUUUUACUGUUACCGUGUUGCAUAACAAGCACCAAUAUCUUGAAAACUGUAAUAGACCAAUAGUUGAGUUUUUCUGAAGUUUUCUUCAGUUCUAAUUCAUAGUAUUCAUUUGGCCUUCUUGUUGGUGGUAUCCCCUAUGCCUUUCCUUGUACGUGUCUCACUAGUCUCUUUGACAAAGA